UUGGAAAUAAUGUUAGAUGGCAACCUGAGCGGUUGCUUCCAAAGAUUUGUUCUGCAAUAAUGAUUCGACAAAAUACUGCUCUCGUUAUCCAGAACACGCAAAAUUACGCUGUGAAGCGUCACGCAUCCUUUCCCGUUCCCAGUGAACAGGAAUUGUUGAUUCAAGUUUUGUACUCAGGUAUCAAUCCUGCCGACGUCAAGCAUGAAGACCUUGGAAUCGACACGACUACCCUUGGAUAUGACUUUUGCGGCCAAGUGAUGGGCGGGCAUGACGUGGAAAUGGUAAACAUGCAGUUCAAAGAAGGCGAUAUUGUCGCCGGGUACACGCCGACCGGCAUCGGGCGUCCAAGCAAAUUCGGAUCACAUCAAGAUUAUCUGGUCUGUCCCGUCGAUAUGAUGUUCAAGGUCCCAGACAAUGUUCCCAGGUCCCACGCUGCAUGCCUGACUGUCACGACGAUGACCGCGGCAGACAUCGUUUUCAAUCUCUUCGGAUUACACCUAUCAGACGAGAAUAAAUUGCUUUCGCAUGCUGAUGCCAUUUUGAUCUGGGGAGCUGCAGGUGGUGUUGGAUCUGCGACCGUGCAGUUCGCGAAAAUUGCUGGAUUCAAACAUAUUCUCGCAGUCGCAUCUAUCGCACGUCACCACGAACUGAAACUGUUAGGUGCCACUGCAUGUUUCGAAUAUAAGCAGCCCGAUGCUGUCGACAAGAUCAGGACCCACGCGAAGAAGCACAAUUUCAAGAUCUCUUACGGUGUAGAUGCUGUGGGGACGAUAGGACAGAACAAUUCUGCAGACAUGGUUCGGAGAAGUUGUCAUGCAGAUGCUCAACUAGUGUCUACAGUUCUGCGGAGUCAAAAGACUUUCAAGUUGCCCUUUGCUAUGAAGAACAGAGACAUACAGCUGAAAGUCCACGCAUUCGUGACUCCUAGAUACAUGAAAUGGCUCCAGCCAUGGGUUCCCAAGAUCAAAGUAUCUCUAUCACGCAAUGAAGGAGACCAUCAGAAAGCCUGGCAAGCACUGAUGUAUGCGGUGGGGCAUUAUGGUCAGGACUUUCACAGGAUGAGCUCUGUUCAGGAAUGCUCUAGAGAUGCUGAGCAGGCCUUGGAUAAGGUGAAAGCGGUCGCGGCGGGAACUGGCGGGUCUGGUAAAUGGGUUGUGCCACAUCCGUUCGCAUAGCGUCAUGUGUGUGUGUACCCACAAUCGCGUAAAGGACACCUGAAAACCGGUAUCUUCGCAUCUGCGUAUCUUUUGACAAGUUCCUUUACAGGGUACCAAUGUUGAUAUCAGUGUACUGCACGCUGUUCAAAACAGCAAUGGUCUUACUGCCGGUAACAAGCCAAACGCGUUUGAAUCAAUGAUUGACUUCACAUCUUCACGACGACACAUCAAGAAUGGCUUUGAGGUUUAGGGUAGGCAUUAAAGCGAAGCUUUUGCAGUAACUUAGAUAUCGACGAUGG